UUCUCUGUUUUUAUUUCCACUUUGGUUAUUGGUAUAUUUCCAUCUCCACUCCCCUUAUUGCGUUUGCAAGUCUCAACCCCAGGUCAGCUGUAUGUGUUUAUAAAAAAGAAACAAAGACUCCCCACAUUUGAGCUGAUGAUAUUCCUUUUAUAUUGGUAAGUAAAGCAUCCUCUUUCAUCUUCUUGUUUCUUGAUCUUUUGAUCCUCUCCCCAUGGAUUUCAGUUGCUAAAGUUAAAGUCUUUGGACUUGGAAAAUGAGACAGAGAGAAACAGAGAGAGAGAGAGAGAGGAAAAAGGAGGGAAGGUAAGACUUGCACAGUUGACAAAUUAGGUAGUGAUUCUUCUUUUUUUACCAUCUUUCUUCCCUUUGCUUAAUUAUUGUCAUCAUAAUUAUUCGAGGAGAGAAAGAAAGAAAGGGUGAAUGAGUAGUGCGCUUUCAAUUACAAGAGGCUGAGAUAGCUUGCCUCAGAUCCAGGCAAGUCAAGUUUAUUUGUGUGUAAUAAAAAAGGUGCUUCCUUUCAUGGGUUUUCCUGUGAUUCCUGGGCUUUGCCUUUCUUGGGUUUCUUUCUCAUGACCCCCCUUUUGCUCUGUCUUUCUGGUCUGUUUAGAUAAGGGUUGAUGGAAGUAGAUAGAAGAAGAGUCCAGAGAAGAAGUUGAUAAGACCACACAUUUGCAUGUCCUUUUUGUAUAAUUAGGGGGGGGUUAAGUUUCUUGGAAUGGAAGCUUGGAUCCAUUGUUGUUGACCAGAUCUGACUACCCAUUUCAUUUUCACCACCUUUUAGCUCAUCCAUACAUUCACAUCUCCUGAAUUGGCACCCACUUUUAGCCUUUGUUUUGAGUGUCAAGAGCAUGGAAAUUAGUUUGCUAAAACCCACUGUUCAGAUUCCUAAAUCAUUCUUACUAAGAAAGGAAAGUCAUAAGUUUAUCGAGAAAUGACUGGUCAGUUGAUGUUAGAGGGUUUGAAGGGUAACUUGUUGUACUGCCCAGAUAAGAAUUUUGAUGGAGGAGAUGUCACCGGCGGUCGCGGUACCAUUUAGAGUAGGUAACUCAGUCUGUGAUAACCCUACUAUAGCUACCCACAUGAAUGUUACCAGUCUUAAGCUAAUGACAGACACUACUGGAUUGCUAUCUGAUUCUGUCACCAAAAGUUCCACUGAGGCGGUUGCAGCUGGACAAGAGGAUUGUAAUUGUAGUCAUUCAGGGAAUGAAGUUAGUGUUGUUGCAGUAUCAGCUGCAGAAGAGGAAGAGGGAGGAGGAGAUCUGUCGUUAGAUAUGAUAACUCAAGAUGAAGGUGAUCGGGCUUCUUCUGGUAAUUUGAUAGCUGGGGAAAGUGAGGAAGAUGAUUGCCUUUCAUUGGAAGGUGAUCGGGUACUUGAUAGCUCUUGUUCGUUCUCAGUGGCGAGUGAGUCAAGUAGCUUGUGUUUAGAAGACUUCCUGGUGUAUGAGACAACCUCUGAAGGAGUAUCAUUGAGUUCUUUAGACAUUGACAGGAACAGUUGUUUAAAUGAUGUUGCUAAGGUGGGGGAUGCUGGUGAUUCGAAAAUUGAGACUAAAGAUCCACUUUCUUUGUCGGUGAGCCAUGAGGAAGAAAUUGGUCAUGGGUCUGAUCCAAAGGCGUCUGAUGUUGUUCAAUUGCCUGUGGAAGUAGGAGUCAAAGAAACAGUAAGCCGGAGUGUUUUUGAGGUAGAAUAUGUUCCACUUUGGGGGUUUACAUCCUUGUGUGGUAGAAGACCAGAGAUGGAAGAUGCAUUAGCAUCAGUGCCUCAGUUUUUGAAGAUUCCAAUUCAAAUGCUGAUCGGUGACCGAGUACUGGAUGGCAUGAGCAAGUGUAUAAAUCAGACUGUUCAUUUCUUUGGAGUCUAUGAUGGUCAUGGAGGCUCUCAGGUGGCAAAUUAUUGUCGUGAUCGUAUGCAUUUGGCUUUGGCUGAGGAGAUAGAAGCUGCCCAGGGCCUAGAUCACACAAGUAUCAAAGAUAAUUGCCAAGAGUUGUGGAAUAAGGCUUUUACCAAUUGUUUUCUUAAGGUUGAUGCCGAAGUUGGAGGGAAGGAUGGUCUUGAUCCUAUUGCCCCGGAAACAGUUGGUUCCACUGCUGUUGUUUCCCUUAUUUGUUCGUCUCAUAUCAUAGUGGCAAACUCUGGUGAUUCAAGAGCAGUUCUGUGUCGUGGGAAAGAACCUAUGGCAUUGUCAGUAGAUCAUAAACCAAAUCGAGAAGAUGAAUAUGCAAGAAUUGAGGCAGCUGGAGGCAAGGUCAUACAAUGGAAUGGGCAUCGUGUGUUUGGUGUUCUUGCUAUGUCUAGGUCAAUAGGCGAUAGAUAUUUAAAACCGUGGAUCAUUCCAGAUCCAGAAGUAAUGUUUAUCCCUCGAACCAAAGAUGACGAAUGCCUUAUUUUAGCCAGUGAUGGUUUAUGGGAUGUUAUGUCGAAUGAAGAAGUGUGUGACCUCGCUCGGAGACGAAUACUCUUAUGGCACAAGAAGAAUGGUGUUACACUUCCAUUGGAAAGAGGUGAAGGAAUUGAUCCUGCUGCUCAAGCAGCGGCGGAGUUCCUUUCCAGCCGUGCCCUUCAAAAAGGAAGUAAGGACAACAUCACGGUGAUUGUGAUAGAUUUGAAGGCUCAGAGGAAGUUUAAAAGCAAAACAUGAUGUUGUUGCUUCAUCCCUCGUUCUGGAUCAGUCACCUUUAGCUGUAUGAUAUCUGAUAUAUUGUUGCCCAUUUGUUUUUCGCCUGGGCUUCAUUGCUUAUUGAGAACUGCAGUCUGUAUGUAUCACAUAGAACGUCUGCAAUUUUAGAAUCUUUGGUUUAAAACUGCUUGAUAAACUGUGCCCAGUUCUGUCUUUGUAAAUCUUAGCAGCAUGUAGUAGGGAUAGGACAUGGUGGCAGUAUGAAUCUUUUAACAUUCUGGGCAAAUUGUAUUCAUUAUUGCCUCCGAGUUAAUCAGCUCAGUGAGGUAGAUACUUCAUUAUUUUCAGUGUAAUGCUUGCUAUCAUGCUCC